AUGACAAAGGAGCAUAAAAACCAUGUUCCUGAUCAUAAAUCAGAAAUCAGAACCAUCCCUUUGCCUGCUGAGGCAAUUAAGAUUAUUGAACAGCAACUGAGAAGUGGAAGCAGUUGUAGAAAUACCAGAAUUUCUACUCUCCAUCAAAUAGAGAGCUGGGUGUGGGCGUUAGAAAGCCAAAUUAUGAAAAGAGGAACUUUGUGCUCGAUUUAUGAAAAAAUACAGAUGAAAGCUCUGUUGUAUAUAUUUGUAUCAAACAAAAAAGACUCACUUGCAGUUUGGAUAAACGUGAAACUUUCUGUGAAUAACUAUUGCAUCUUUACUGCCACUCUUUCUCCUCUCAAUGACAACAAAGAUUUGUUUGCAUUUGGCUUCCAAUCCCCUUUACAGGUUGGAAUAAUGAGAAAUCUCUGCAAGAAGUUCCUAGAUCAUGUACUCUCUUGUAACUCGCCACUCUGUAACCAAAAAGGAUUUCCUGUUGCAUAUAUGAUUACCAAUGACAAAAGUGCAGUACCAAUCAUUCAAUGGCUCUCACAUCUUCUUCACAACAGUCGAUUCAGACCUUUACAUAUUACUAUCAACUGCUAUAUCUCUGAACACUGCAAAAGCAACCCCGAAUCCCGUAUGGGAUAG